CUUUAAGCACAUGUUCACCCCUAACAUUUUUUGUUUCAUGCUUUAUUGUUUAUACAUGGUGGACUAACUAUUUAAUAUGCAGAUAUCAUACGCGCCGAGCAUGAGUUUUAUCCAUUUCUUUUUCUCUCUUUUUAUAUUAGCCGAAUGUGUACUUUGGAAACAACUUUGACUUCCCAACUCUUAUCUCCCCCCUUAACUCAAUUCUUAUGGGACUAAGUUUUCUAAUUGUUAUUGUUGUGUCUCAAGAAACAAUUCUAUAAUCCAAAAAGCCAUUGGUUCGCUUUUGUGACGAGAUAACCCCAAUAUAAGACUAAGGAAGCCAUUUAUGGUGCUCCCCAUUUUAUAGUUCCCUCCCACUUAUGGUUUUUCCUUUUAUGUCUUAUAAAUCUCUCUCUCACAUGAAAACAAGUUGCAAUGGUUCUUAUUCCAUGAUUGUUAAUGUCAAAGUUAAAAGUAUGUCACACCAUCCACAUUGCAAAUCUAGUCUUCUCGACUAUGAUUUGUGUUGAAAUCACGUCCUUUCUUGUCAACCAGUAACUUGACCAAUUACCGUCCACGGUUAACUUUGACCAGCCAUAGGAAUAAUCACUGCCGACAGAUGCCAUGAAAAUGUCGGUGAAGCUCCUCCAGAAGAAAGAAGAGCGUUACUUAAAACUUAAAAGUCAUAAAUAACGCCACGUUAGAAAACCCAAAGUCACACUAUACUUUUCACUUUCUAAUUUUUAAUAAAGUUAUUCGCAAUGAAGAUCACAAGUGGGAAUUUAAUGGGAUUUGUAGCUUCUGACGCUGCUACGCGCUUUGAAUCCAAUUUAGUCCAAACUCUAUUCCCCCCGGUUGUUUUUGUUACCUCUUCAAGAAAAGCUACCAUGCCCCCUUCGCUGUAAUUGACACUGACAUUAUACUAUUAUUAUCAUUCUUUUUCCCAAAUCCAUCUUGGUAUAGUUACAUGUACAGUAAUUGAUUCUUAGUUUAUUUUCUCAUCUGGGUUUCUCCCAAUUUCAACCUUCUGUACCUGGGCAAGUUGAAAUUGUGAGAAAUCCGAAGAAAGUUGGAAUCUUUGUGGUAUCCGAUUUGUUGUAAUCAACUUAAAGAUCCCACGAAAUGCACGGCUACAGCCGCUUAGGACGGCCAAGCACCGGAAGUGGGAGCAUCUCGCCGUCCCCAUCACCUCCUUCCUCCCCUCGAUUUCGUCGUAACAAAGGCAGCAGCGGUGGAGGUGGAGGCGGUUUCCGAGGCGGUGGAGGUGGUGGUGUAGACGUGAAGCUGCAGAGUUUUGUGGAGCGGUGGGUGUAUGUUGUGAUAUCGGCGGUGUAUAGGCGGCGAGGGAUUUUAUUAUUUGCUCCCUUGCUUUAUAUCUCUGCAAUGUUGUUGUAUAUGGGUACAAUGGGUUUUGAUGUUGGUAUUAUUAGUAAAGGUAGUGAAAGUAGCACCGGAAAAACAGCUCCGGUGGGAUCUUUGUAUCGGAGUCCGCAGGUUUUUGAACACCUGUGGCCGUAUAUGGAAGCUGAGAAUAAUCGCAGCAAUGACUUGAUGAUGAAUGUGUGGAACAUGAAGACACGUCAAUCUUGGAAGCCCUGUAUUCCCCUCCAGAAUUCAGAAGCAGAAUUACCAAAAUCAAAUGGGUUCCUCAUAAUUGAAGCAAAUGGGGGGUUGAACCAACAAAGAUUAUCUAUAUGUGAUGCGGUGGCAGUGGCAGGGCUACUGAAUGCUACACUUGUCAUUCCAAUGUUUCAUUUAAACAGUGUAUGGCGUGACUCAAGCAAGUUUGGGGAUAUAUUUGAUGAGGAAUUCUUCAUAUACGCAUUGAGAAGUCAUGUGAAUGUGGUUAGAGAAUUACCAGAAGAUGUACUUACACGUUUUGACAACAAUAUAAGCAACAUUGUAAAUCUGAGAGUCAAAGGUUGGUCAAGUCCAACUUACUACCUUCAAAAGGUCUUGCCAAAGCUUCUGGAAUUAGGGGCUGUACGUAUUGCGCCAUUCUCUAACAGAUUGGCUCAUGCUGUUCCUUCAGAUAUCCAGGGGCAUAGAUGUCUUUCCAACUUUGGGGCACUUAGGUUUUCAGAACCUAUACGCACACUUGCAGCAAAAAUGGUUGAUAGAAUGAUCCGUAAUAGCUCUAGCAGUGGUGGAAAAUAUAUUUCGGUUCAUCUCCGUUUUGAAGAGGACAUGGUUGCCUUUUCAUGUUGCAUAUAUGAUGGUGGGGAGGAAGAACAAAAAGAAAUGGAUAUUGCCCGUGAAAGAAGUUGGAGAGGAAAGUUCCGGAAAAAGAAUCGUAUAAUAAAACCCGGUGCAAUUAGAAUGGAUGGAAAAUGCCCUUUAACCCCCCUCGAGGUUGGAAUGAUGCUGAGGGGAAUGGGUUUUGAUAACAAUACUUCUGUAUAUGUGGCAGCGGGUAAAAUCUACAAAGCAGAAAAAUAUAUGGCCCCACUUAAACAAAUGUUUCCACGCUUAGAAACAAAGGAUACAUUAGCUUCACCUGAGGAGCUCGCUCCAUUUAUGGGGUACUCGUCUAGGUUGGCUGCUCUUGAUUAUACGUUAUGUCUACAUAGCGAGGUUUUUGUUACUACUCAGGGAGGAAAUUUUCCACACUUUUUAAUCGGUCACAGACGCUAUUUUUAUGAAGGACAUGCAAAGACGAUAAUACCUGACAAGAGAAAAUUAGCUCAAUUGUUCGAUAGCCCCCAUAUCAGAUGGGAGAGCUUUCAAAAGCAACUGCGGGAAAUGCUUCAUCAUAGUGAUGUAAAGGGGAGCGAACUGAAGAAGCCAACUGCCUCACUUUUCACAUACCCCAUGCCGGAUUGCAUGUGUAAGCAAGCAGCUACAAAAAACUCAACAAAACUAAGAAGAUAAACUUAUAUAUAUAAAUAUAUGCCUUUGGGGAUUUUAACUUUAAGAUUAGAAUUUUUUUUACACGUGUAGUUAGUCAUAUCUUUUAUGAUUGUUGAUUUGUAUUUAGAUCGGGUUAUUGAGCUGGUGUGCUAUAUGGUAACUCAUGCACAUUGGUUUGUUGUAUAUACCAUAUACUAAAGUGAGUUGCAAGAGAAUUAGAUAC